AUGGCUGGUCCGAAACAGGUUGUAGCGAUGAAAAAUUUGGUGGAUAUUGAUGGUGACAUGGGUUUCAGAUUUACAGAGAUGGAGGAGAAAAAAUUGGCGGAAGAGUUUCGCUUUGGGCUGGUUCUAAAAUUUUUGACAGUUAGGCCAAACAUUGACACGAUUAGGCUGACCAUAAACAAGACUUGGGGACUGAGAGAGGUGCCGAUGGUGAGUUUUAUGGAUUCGAAGCAUGUGUUGGUUCAAUUACGGAAUGAGGUAGACUAUAUUCAUACAUGGGCAAGGGAAGGGCGAACCAAGGCUGGAGGGAAUUUUCGCCUGUUUAAAUGGACACCAGACUUUGAUUUGAGCAGUGAAUCGCCUUUGGCUCCUCAGUGGAUUUUUCUUCCUUAG